AUGGCGUCUGCGACGAGAGUGGCGGCCAAGUGUGUGAAUCAAGCUAUGCUGAGCUGCGCUCAAGCUGAUGACUCCACAACGGUUGCGACUAAAGAGAACGACCCAGCAGCCAAAGAGAACAACCUUGCGGAGCAACUCCCGCCAGGUGUGACUUUGAUUGAUGAAAAAGAGCCCGUGCCAUCGAAUAGCAAGCAGUUGGAGCAGUUUGUCAGCGGCGGUGGUGGAUUUAUUCCGACGGGUGGAAUCACGUACCGGUGGCGUUACACUUAUCCGUACCGUGGAGGAUUCCGUUACGGCUGGCGCUAUCCGAUCGGAUAUUGGAACUCUUUUGGUCGCUCCAUCUAUGGUCCAAGCUGCUUCUUCGGUCGAACAUGGGGUGGAUUCUAUUACUCGUGGAAUAAGUGCAAGUAUGUGUUACUUGCAAAUAUAAAUGUAACUGGUGUGAUUAACCCAAUUAUGUCUGUACACCAAAAGUUGUCAUAUCUUAUCCCUGAAGACGCUUCUAUCGUUGACAUUUUCACAUUAGAUUACCAGUCGCUCAGUUGUUUACCCGACAGAUCCUACGUAAUGGAUUCCUUGUUGCAGAACGAACUCAUGCUUAAAAGCGGCGAAGUAGUGUCAACCUCACAAGCGCUAGAUGGCAAGAAAAUCAUCGGCUUUUACUUUAGCGGUUCCUACUGCCCACCAUGCCGAAAGUUCACGCCUCUUCUGGACAUUGUAUACAACAAUAUUAAGAAGGCUGGCCAUGAUGACGUUGAAAUUAUCUUCAUAUCGUCCGACAAGGAAGAAGCAAAGUUCACAGAGUAUUACGAUGAAAUGCCUUGGAUCGCACUGCCAUACAAGCGCCGUGAUCUCAAGCUCGAGCUGUGCGAAAAGUUUGGCAUCAAGACAGUCCCGACGCUGAUUUUUUUUAACGAGAGGGGUGAAGUAGUAGAACGUGAGGGACGUCACUUUAUCACAGACCAUGUUGAUGACAUUGAUGGCAUUUUGGCUCAUCUUCGCCAGAGUAGGAUUACUGAAUACUCGGCUUUCUUAAAACAAACCUACACUUCAAGGCGGUCAAGAUUGACGGAGACCGCAACGUAA